UUGAUCCAGUCAUUAUAGCAUUGAUGACAAGUCCUUCAAAAGAAACAUCGUUCACAUUUGCCAUGAGCUGGCAGAAAUCCUUGCUGACGUUGUACAGAAAUGGACGCCAGCCAUUGUAGCGACGAUACAUGCUCCAAUUCAUCUGUCAUAGGCAAACCCCAAAUAACCCCAAGGCUCUCGGCCACAAUCAGGAUUCUAGACUCACCCACGCGUUUGUAACGGGCGUCUUGUGCAUUUGGCAGUGUAUAUUGACUCCCGCGCGUCCCCUGCCGAGGAGAUUGAGUUUGCAUUUCGAGAAAGUCACAAAGGACUCGCCAUACGACUCGCACUGGAGGUGGGUGAAUCUGGAGAGCGACCUCCAACCCUCGCACCCCAGAACGGAGCAGAGCACAACAGCUGCGGCCAGAAAAUGUCACCGGCCAGAUACAAGUGAUUACGGGUGCAUCCAUGGAGAUCUAAUGAGUUUAUUCGGUGUUUAAAAGGCCCGAACUAAAGCGCAUCCGCUAUAGCCUUAGCUAAACUGUAUUACACUUCAAUAUUUAUAUAUGUUAUAUAUAUUUAUAGCCAUACCACAUUCUUGGGGCAGUAGACAAGUGGAUGUCGAAGUUCGCAUUGGUAGCAAUAGGACCUUUAAAAGUCACUAUCUUUCUGCUCCGUUUAUACUUCAUCUCUCACGAA